AUGCGUCUACUCCACUUCAAAGAAGGGGAGAUACCGGUGCUGACGGAGUUCAACGUGGAGGCGGCGACUCCUCCCUACGCAAUCCUGAGCCAUUGCUGGAGGGCGGACGGCGAGGAGGUAACCUCCAAAGACCUUCAAGAUGGAAGCGCCAGCAAGCGGCCGGGCUUCGACAAGCUACGCUUCUGUAACGAAAGAGCGGCUGCUCAUCACCUCAUGUACUUUUGGCAGGAUACGUGCUGCAUCGACAAAUCGAGCAGUGCCGAGCUACAAGAGGCUAUCAACUCGAUGUUCAGAUUUUACCAGAGGGCCAGUCGAUGCUACGUCUAUUUGCCGGAUGUGUCUGUCGAUGAGGGAGACUUGGGAAAGCAGCCAUCCGAGACAUCGUGGCACCCGUCUUUCAAGUCAAGCAGGUGGUUUACCAGAGGCUGGACGCUCGAGGAACUUCUCGCGCCCCUAACGGUGGAAUUCUAUUCAAAGGAAGGACACCGGCUUGGUGACAAACAGUCUCUGGAGGCGCUGAUCACGGAAGCCACCGGCAUACCCUGUGGUGCUCUCCAUGGCGAGUCAUUGAGCAAGUACAGCAUCGGUGAACGCUUCACUUGGGCCCGAGAUCGUAAUACUACGCGACAGGAGGACUGGGCCUACUGCCUCCUUGGGAUCUUUGGUAUCGUUAUCCCGAUGUUGUAUGGUGAAGGCAAAGAGAGAGCUAUCAUUCGACUAAAGCGCGAAAUCAGCGAGACUUUCAAAGUGCAGCUCGAGCGGAAUGGGAAGACAGAGGGAUCGAACCAUGUGCCUUCCAUGGAACCCACAAACGAGUACUCUGCUUUCUGUGACUGGCUCGCCGACUUGCGUCCCGGACGUGAGCAGUCGGUAGCUGCUUUCACGUCCCAAACUGCGGAACUCCAACCCGGUCAAAGCUCUGCUGAUGUGGUGGAAGGCGCUACUAAACAGCAGGUUCAGACCGACGACAGCAUGGACUCAUGGCUCCGCUCGUUCCAAUCGAAGCCAGCAACAGCGCCGAAACAAGCAGAGGCAGAGGGGCUAUCCAACAUCAAGGCCCUCACUCGGGCAAAAGGUGCGGUGGGAAGUACACCGAAGCAGUCGAUGACUGAUCCGAUGGUUGUGCAGUCGUUCGUGGCUGGCCAACAGCGGGAAGUUCUUCCUCAAAACAAACCUUAUCCUGAGGAUGUGGAACAUCUCGUCAAACAGGGGCUCAAUGGCGACCGAGUCCAUCUCAUCAUCAAAGGCAGUGGUCCGUCAGGACCCAAAAUGACCGAGAAAACUUUCUUGCCCUCUGAUUCGAUUGAUACGUUGCACUCGUAUUUACAGCACCAAGGAUUCAAUCCAAGUUAUGGGUUCGAGGUACAAGCAGAUUCAGGACGAUGCAUCAUAGAACGAGCAGUUCCGAAGACAAGCGCUAUCGCCGUCGAAGUAACCAACGGCCCGAGUUGCUACGACCUCCGACAGGGCUACCGAAUCGACUCACAUGAACGACUGAUCGACUUCUACAAUGCCAGGUUCUCCGGGAAACCACAAGUCAACGUAGUGGCGGCUCCAGACUCUAUCUGUGUUAAGGACCACAAUGCACAUGAGAGUGAGGUCUACAUAGACUUCAAGAGAACAGUACGGCUGCCAGAAGACGACCAGAUAUACGACGAGCCACCGACGUUUGCAAGCUUUCCUCUUUUCGUUGCUCGUCAUUUUGCUUCUGCGCUUCCGGAGAACAUGCGCAAAAAGGAUGGGCUAUUCUUUCCUAUGCUGCAAAGGGAGGCUUUGAUGAUAGGGUUCAGAUCACCAUAUCCUGACGCGAACCAGUUCGCUAUCAGGGUCUACACUGGGGCCACUAACGUACUCACUGGACUGCCUGCGAUUGAGACCAAACAUUAUACAGACACCAAUCUGCAGAAUCAUAUUGUGGCUCCGCAACAGAAGCUUCUUGGGGGAUACAAGGCGUCCAAUGGGUCAUUGAAACAAUUUGUUGCGAUGCCAAUGGGUGCCAAGUACAGUGUUGAGUACCAGCUGACAGGAGAAGAGUACGUCGGAGGCAUUCAACUCGAGAUCGCACCUCGACUCCGAGAUACGUUUCACUUCGGAACAACACCGCUCGAGGUCAACAAUAGCAAGGCCAGUAAUAGGGAACGAUGCCACCCCUUCAGCAUGCCGGUGCAGCUCGGCCUCCAACCCGGACAACGGCUCUAUUUGGAAGACCACAGUCCUUACGUUCUCUACAAUCAUCCACAGCUCACAGGACAGCUGCAAGAGAACGUCGUCAGCUCAAAAGAUUACUCAAACAGCACCAAGUAUCGGGCGAGAUUCAUACACGAACUGUUCGGUGGACCGGCUUCCUCCCGCCUUGACAUGUCUUCCUCCUUGGUCAUCACAGCCUUGAGCACCAUUCACCUGAAGCUUGCACGCAUCUCCGACGGUAUCCAAAUGCUGUCCUGCCAUUGCGAUCCACGAGCGCGAGUCAAAGACCUCCGAAAAUUCAUGAGAGCGCGCUUCAAGGAGAUGAUGCCAGAUCAACCGUGGCUAAGAAAAAGAAACGCCGAAAUAACAUUCAGGAUCCAUGAACAGACGAUCAAACCAAGUGAAGACUGGGUACUAAGCGAUCUCGACUUGGUGGAUGGCCAAACUGUCGGGUUUCGUGCAGAACCCAAACUACUCAGACUGGGAUCGGCCAGGGGCGGCUUCAGUGGUCGCUCCACCAGACGGGAAUCUGUAAUCGCGCCGGGCUGGGACAUGGGUGUUGCCCUGGGCGGUGAAUUCAAGCAGAGCGUUUUCGAAGACCAAUCCACACACAUCUGGAAUUGGAAGGCUGCGAGACUUGUGAACAUACAGAUCCUGAACUCUAUCGCUUUCCAGGCCGUCACGGGUCUUCGACCGCCGCUUUCGCCGCUAUUUUUUGGCGAUCUUCAAUUGAAGACGGUUGCUAGGGUGCCGGAACCGGCGACUGUCACAACGAAAGCUAUGGAGCGACUGCAAUCGGUGAAAGCGAUCAAUGAGCUUGAUUGGGAGCGAGGUGCAGCAGUUGGCGUGCAUGUGGAUGGAGAGACCGUUGUGCUUUGUGUUUGUUGCGAGAUCCGUAUUUGCGACAAUUUGUAA